UUAGACUGAGAGUCUCAGAAUUUAUAAUAAUCUAUAACAUAAAAAAACAAACAAAAAAUUUUUUAUUUGUUUUUUUUUUAAUUUGUUUUUUUUAUUUUUUUCUUAAAAAUGAUACCAAACACUUAACCCUUCUUGUUUUUGUUCUUUUGUUGAGUUAUAAGGCUUUAAUUUUGGGAUAUUUUGGGGUAUGCCAAUGAAACAGAAAAUCUUUUAAAAAACACCCCUGUAGCUUAAAGGGUUAAAUUUCAUUAUAACUAAUUAUUUGAGUCUUUCAGGUUGAUGAGUAUGGUAACCAUUUAGUACCAUGUAACAGUGGCCUCCCAAAAGUAUUUGGACAUUAAACUGCCACUUAAAAAUGUAUGAAAGUCUUUGCAUAUCAAAGCAGGUUGCAAAAUACACUUUCAAAGAAAAUAUUUCACAAAAACAAGUUUAGGUGGCAAUUUAUGUUCACUUUAGGUUUGUAAAUGCAUUAUUAAUCCAGAACUAACAAUGAAUAAUAACUUUUUGCAGUAUUUAUUAAUCUUUGUUAAUGUUAAUUUGUAAAGAUACAAUUGUUCAUUGUUAGUUCAUGUUAGUUAUUGUGUAUGUGCUUGCAUGGUUGCUCAGAUAGCUGUUCAUGUUGAAUAAAUCAAGUAUAUUUUUGUGUUGUGAAUACAGAAAUGUGAGUUUCGCACUUCCUGAGAUGACUCAUAAUAAUGGGACAGUCCAUGCUGUAGUGUUUGUACACAAGAGUGGAGUUUCACCUUGGAAGGACAGUAGACAUGUGCGGCUUGUGACCCGUCUCACCUCUCAGAUGAUCCCACUUCAGUCUACUGGCACCACAACUAAAGACACACAUGAGGCACCAGAGAAGCAGCAGAUUGUUUCUUACUGGAGAUCACGACUUAACUUGAAUGUAAUGAAUGAGGACUUCACAUUUAGCAGUGCUGCUGUACCAAGUGACCUGCGGCGCUAUAUGAAAAUAGUUGAAGAUGGAAAAAAGGAAAAAAAGAAAUUGUAUCUGCCGCUUCUCCUGGUCGAUGAGCUAAGAAGCCGAAUGAAGGACUUAAUAGAGAUAAACAGCACCACAAAAGCUGUCCCGCUGACAAUAUCAUAUGAAACCAUAACCUUACGCAAAUUCAGAAUAUGGAUCCACAUACAAGCUGUCAUUUACUCACUCAAGCAUUUUGGAUUUUCCGAGCAGAACCUUGAUGAAAUUAAAUCCAUGUUUGUUGAUAACGGGCUGCAUGUCUUGGCUUUGUCUGUUCUCAUGCCUGCAUUCCAUCUCUCAUUUGAAGUCUUUGCCUUCAAGAAUGACAUAAGAUUCUGGCGAGAAAAGAAGAGUUUAGCAGGCAUUUCUAAGAGAUCAGUGCUGUGGAGAUGUUUUAGCACCAUAGUAUUAUUCCUCCAUCUACUAGAAGAGCAAUCUGGCUGGUUCAUUCUGCUGCCCAUUGGGAUUGCAGCUCUAAUUGAGUUGUGGAAGGUUAAUAAGGUCAUAGCACUUUGUCCUCAAUUUCAUGAUGAAAGAAUGGAUGAUUUUGAGCGAGCAACAGAAGAGUAUGACUCUAAGGCCAUGAAGUUCUUGUCAUAUCUGAUUUAUCCGUUGUGUAUCAGUGGGGCCGUAUACUCAUACUUAUACCUCCAAAAUAAAAGUUGGUACUCUUGGAUAACCAAUGGCCUUAUUAGUGGUGUUUAUGCUUUUGGAUUUCUGUCAAUGGUUCCUCAGCUGUUCAUCAAUUACAAGUUAAAGUCAGUAUCUCACCUACAGAUGUCCAUCUUAAUGUAUAAGGGCUUGAACACGUUUAUCAGUGAUGUAUUCAGUGGAGUAAUAACUACCCCUGGACCCCAUCAGCUAGCCUGCUUCAGGGAUGAUGUGGUCUUCCUCAUCUACCUCUAUCAGCGCAGGAUUUACCCUGUGAGCAAAUCCAGGUCUCGCGAUUAUGGGGCAUCACACAGGAGGAAACCCAAAGUAAAGCCACAUGAGGACUGAGCAUCUACUCAACAGAUUUCUCUGAGAGCUUGGCCUCUUCAUGCAUGCAAUACAGGAGAACCAUUAGGAAAUGAAAAGGGGCAUUACAGUUGCCAAAAGUCCUCUCCUGUGUAUUCUUGUAAUGAGCCUGCUGACUGCUGUCUGUUGCAAAAAUUGACUAAGCUACAUUUACAGUAAUUCAUACUGAAACAACCCACAGCUUAAGAGAAUAGCAGCGCACAACUGCUUUACACUCAAACUUGUAUGUAGUAUUGACUCAGGCAGACCAGUGGAUCUCAGCUGGUGGGUUGCGACCCAAAAGUAGAUUGCAGGUCUGUUCUGAUGGGGUCGUGGACAGCAGGGGAAAAAAUGGUCAAUAAAAUUAUGCAUCAUUAGGAAAUCAAAAUAAAUAGGCUUAUCGCCUUUAAAAGGAGCUAGUGGAGAAAAUGCUUCUUUUGUUGAUGAUGUCAAAGGUCAUGCGUCAAAUCAAUCUCUGUGGUAUUUGGGUACAUAUACAUAUGUAACUUGGUAGAAAUUUGCCAAAUUAGAGCAUGGAACCAUUUAAAAGAGAAGAGAAAUUUAAGUGACAUUCAGUAUCAUAUUAAUUUGAAUAUAUAAAGAAUGUUGGCCCUAUGCAGUUCAUAGUAACAUUAAUACAUUUUAAUGUUUGAUUUUAUGGACAUUUUUGUUUUCUUAACCCUUUUAGCUUUAGUUUUAGUGGCAUACCCAAAAUUAAAGGCUUAAAACUCAUCAAAAAACAAACAAACAAACAAAAACAAACAAGGAGGGUCAAGUGUUUAUCAUUUUAAAGAAAACUUUUCACAUAUUUUGUGGAAUGAUAUAGAUUAUGUUAAAUUCUGAGACUCUCAGCCUGAGAGCCAAAAAAUUAACAUUUUUCUUAUUUUUCUGAUUUGGCAUUAUAUACCUCAGGGUGUAAAUAAUGUAGCUGUUUUGUUCCCAAUUAUGUCAACUGUAAAUAAGUAAAAUUUUGUGUUGAAUCAACAAAGCAAUCAAAAGUUAUAUCAUUACAAAAAUAAUGUAUGCUAGUGUACAAAAAUGUCUCCAAAUGUCCAAAAGCCUCUCCAAACAAAUAAAACAUAAUAAUUGUACAUAAGAACUAAUUACACAUGCAAACACAACAAUGACCAAAGGUUUGCAUAGCAUGCAAACAUGAUUUUAGUUAUGAGAUUUCACAGAAUGAGUUUCAUUCUGUGCCAUUUGAGUCAUUAUUGAGUCUGUGUCAUGUACUUAUGCAACAGUCACCAAUCACAUGUCUCUCUGCCCAAAUAUGGAUGACUUUUUAGCACUGAUCUGAACCCAAUCCGAUUGGUUUAGCAUUCCAUGAUGCAACCUAAUUUCCGAUGACGUCAUCUUAUCCAGGAAAGCUGAUGUGUUUUCAGCUAGAUUGCAAGAUGCCAGAUAGCCAGAUGCUAUCUGCACAUUGUGCUUUCUGUGGAUUAUCUAAUGACCUAUGCAUGCAAUUAUGUUAUGUCAUUAUGUUAGUUAUGUUGUGGGCUCAUUUUAUUGGGAAUCCCCUCCUCUAUGUAAUGGUUUGUGAUUUAUAUAGAGCUUAAAGUGUGUGUUGUAUCGUGACUCGUCACUUGAUGUCCAAUGCAAAACCAUUUGAUAACCACUGCACCAGACAACAAAAAGUAAUGCAAGCACUAAAAGUAACUAAAACAAUACUCAUUUUUGCUUUUAUGGAUGACUGAAAUGGUAAUACUAGUAAUUACAGUAUCAACCUACUGACUCACUUUUUUUUUUAAAGUUCAAACACAAAGACGUUCGAUCCCAGACAAAAACAAAAAAAAACCUGUUUGUCAUAGUCAGCCCAGCAAAAUCAAACUGAACACACUUGUCCUCUGCAGAUUUCAAUACAAUUUGUAUUUUGGUUUGCUGCUUUGCAUUGGUCUCAAACUGCAAAUUUAUAGGCAGAAGUUCUUCCUCUCUCAUAUGCCACUGAUAGUAAUUUGGGUGCUGGUGUUUAAUACUGGAUUUUCUUAACAUGUGCUGAUAGGGGAAGCUUCAGUAUGCUAUUUAUUGUUAAUGUUUUAAGAGUAUUAUUUUGUUAUGUACAUUAUUUGGUCUUGUUUAGUAUGAAAGUAUAAAUUAUAAAAGGGGAAUUCUCAGUGUCACACUCAAAAAAUAUUUCAAUUUCAUGACAAAAUUCCAUCAGAUUUGACUGUGUGAUUUUUAACUAAAUUAAUAAAAAUUAAAAAAAAUUUUUUUUUUUUUUUUUAAUUACUCAAUUCAAAUUGAUGGAAUUUUGGUUUUAAAGGUGCAGUAUGUAAGAUUCAGAAACCCUUGUUAUUAAUGACACCUGUGGCCAUUAAGUGAACUGCAGCCAGCUACCUGUUGCUCGUGCUCGUGCACACACUCCAUAGGGAUGCGAGCGAGCAUCGACCAAAACAAUGACGUAACGUACAAAGAGGCUGAACAUGAUUCACCGGCAUCAUGCUGACAGAUGAGGUAGCAUAAUUAAAAUUACACAGUUAUGAUUGUUUUACUACAAACUUUGAGACUAAACUAAAACUACUUAUCAGCUAACAUAACAUACUGAUACACACAUACAGCUACAUACUACCGAACUAUUCCAGACAGUUUACUGUUGCACUGCACUGUUAUGUUGCACUAUUGUAGGUUUUGUAUAUCAUAUGUUGUACUACGAUCAAGAAACCAGUGUAUUUGCUUAAAUUUAUGCUGUGUACCUGACUUUUAGUAUAAAGAGAAGAUCGCUGAAAUUAUCUGAAAGUUAUGAAGCAAGGUAGCUUGCAAUUCAUCAGCGUUAGCAGGCAAGAUUAAGUUAGUUAAAAUUACACAGAUCAAUCCUUAUGGCACUAUAUUUCACAUGCUUUGCAGUUAUGUAAGUUUACCUGUCCA